AUGACCAACUUUGACGAGAACACAGAGGGCGGAUCAACCACCCCGGCAAUGGGGUGAGUACUUUUUUUAAAUUACAGUUUUGGUACUGAGUUUUUAAGUGAUUUCGGCAGGGGAUGGGAGUGGGUAUGGCAAUGGUGGGGUUGUGGUACUGUAGAAGUACUGUAAGUUAAAGCUACGGUUAUUAAGAAAAACGUUGGGAUAGCAUAAGGUAAGGCAAGGCAGGUGAUUAUAGGAUACAUUAAGGUACGGUAGAGUAGAGCAAGGUAGUAUAGGAUACUUUAAUUAAAGAUAAAGUAGUAUAGUGCAAGUUUACUGUAAUAUUUACAUAUAUACUUCAGAUUUGCACCACAGCUGCAGUCGAGAAUCUUGGGGGAACAACGGUUGAUGGCCGAAGCCUCAUCCAGCAACAACAACAUUCAACAACAACAACACACGAAUCCCAGCAGCAGGGCGGCGAACAACAGUAGGGACAGGAAGUACGGUCAUCGUACGGUUGCCAGUGAAAAUGGUACACUUUUCAGCGAAGAUGGUACACUUUGCAAUGAAAAUGGUGCGUUGUGUAGAGAGAAUGGUACCAGCUACCAAAAUAGUACCGAGAUUUCAAAUUUGGAAAAUGGUACUAAUGGUACACUUUGCUCAAAUCUUAAUUAUGACAACAAUUGGAGCGUGCCGGACGUUGGGAAAGGCUACGCCGCUUCAAACGAAGCUAAAUUUCAACUACCAGUCGGUACCAAAAGCGAUUACCAACUGGUACAACAUUCAAAUCAUCAGUUUAUACCCAAUCAAGCCGGUCAACUAUCGACCAGUCGACUUUCAGCCGACUCCACCUUAACUGCAACUCAAAUCGACCGGUCGAGUCAACUGUUGGCCGACCAGUCCAGUCAAGACGACCACGAUGACAACAACUCUCUGGUCGGCUCGGCCUCACCCAAGUCGUCCUCACGAUCCUCCUCUCGUACCUCACCAGCACUAACUCAGCAUCGUGUCCAGUUCGACCCAAAAACCCCGCAGGACGUGGAGGACCGCAAGUUGCGGCGACAAAUCGCCAACUGCAACGAGCGACGGCGAAUGCAGUCCAUCAACGCCGGCUUCCAGUCGCUGCGCCAGUUUUUGCCGCAGAAGGGCGGCGACAAGAUGUCGAAGGCGGCGAUCCUGCAACAAACCGCCGACUUGAUAUUGAGUUUGAAGGCGGAGAAGGAGCAGCUGAGUGCGCAGAUUCAGUCCGGUCUAGGUGGGAUGGGGCAGAACGUUAGCCACGGCCAAAAUCUGGCUGGAAGUCUGGCUAAAAGCCAAAACUUGGGCCAAAAUCUGGCUCAGAAUGGGAACUUAGCUGGAAAUCUAUCCCCGAAUGCGAAUUUACCUCAGCCACAAAGCCAGCUAGUCCAACAAAAUCAGCUAGCCCAGCAAAAUCAGCUCAACCCACCCUCCGAUCCCAGCAUUUCCAAUCGCACCACGCCCAAGAAACGUCGGAUGGAAGAGAAGGAGGCGGCCGAGGAUGUUACAGUAUACCUAAAGACCAUCGACGACCUGAAACAAGCCUUGAAUCGAGAACAACAGUUGAGGAUUCUGUAUGAGAAGGAGCUUCUGGAGUCGAGAAGGGUCGCAAACCCAUUAGCUUUGGACCCCAACUUGCUUAAUAUCGGUGAUUUGUUGAGAAAGAAUGAAGGUAAGGGUAAGAUGAUUAGGCCUAGAAUUUAUUUUUAAGCCUAACGUUUGUUGUACAGACUUAAAAUUUUAUUUUUAGGCUUACAAUGCGUUUUGACAUUUAUUUUUUAAACCUAAAAUUUACUUUAAACUUACAGUUCAUUUUAUAAGCCUAAAAUUAAUUUUUAAGCCUAAAAGUCCUUUUAUAAGCCUAAAAUUAAUUUUAUAAGCCUAAAGUAUAAUUAUAAGCCUAAAAUUAAUUUUUAAGCCUAAAAUUCAUUUCAUAAGCCUAAAAUUCAUUUUUAAGCCUAAAAUUUAUUUUAUAAGCUUAAAAUAUAUUUUUUAAGCAUAAAUUUAAUUUUUUAAGCUUAAAAUUCAUUUUUAAGCCUAACGUUUAUUUUUUAAGCCUAAGAUUUAUUUUUAAUCCUAAAAUUCAUUUUUUAAGCCUAAGCUAAGCUUAAACUUCACUUUAUAAGCCCAAACUUCAUUUUAUAAGCCUAAACUUUAUUUUAAGCCUAAAAUUAUUUUUAAGCCUAACAAUUGUAAGCUUAAUUUUAGAAGCCUAACGUAUUUUACCAAACCUAAAAUUCAUUUUGUAAUCCUAAAUGUAGCACCUUUUUCUAAAACUUAUUUUUCAGCCCUCCAAAGCCCACGCCAGCACGAACAACUCAACAUUCUGACGCCGAACAAAGAACUCGGCAGUCCAUCGAACUUGGCCGGCGAUCUGUCGCCGUUGAUGAAUGCUAGGAAAGCCGUCCUCAACUCGGCUCUCCUUCAACGACAAGGCCUUCAAGGGCUUCAGAAUACUGUAAGUUAUAAAAAAAAUAUUUUUAAAGUAGGGUAGGGUGGGGUAGGCGCUUUUAAAAAUUCAUUCGAAAAAAGAUUAAUUUCUGCGGAUUUUGAUAUGGGUUCGGUAAAAUUACUGUAACUUUUAAAGUUUUGCGAAUUUUAAAAUUCUGUUUUAUGGAAUUGUUACCUAAGUGAAUGAUCUAUAUAUACUAUAAAUUUAAAAGUUUUAUCUUGUUUAUGAAAAAAAGUUAUGAUUUAAAAAAUUUAAAUUUAGGUUCUAAAACUAUUUUUUAUGGGGUUUUACGUCACUUUAUGGCCAUUUUAUGUUGAUUUUAGGCUUAUGUAUUACCUAAAAUGAUAUUUUCUAUAAUUUAAAGCGUUUUACAGUAUUCAAGAUUUAUUUUUUCAAAAGUUUCGAAUUGAUUUAAUACCUAAAGUUGUAAUUUUUAACUAAAAAAAACUUCAAUUUUCCCCAAUUUCAGGCCGAAGUCUCGACAUCUCUGCAGCACUCCCUAACCAACAACCUUCUCUCGUCCCAACAAAGCCUUCUGAACCCGGCCUUCCUCAACGCCAACCUCAUCAACACCCAGUCCGACAUCAGGUCCAUGAACUUGUCAUUGGCCUUCACCAAUCCUCAACAACGGGUGGUGACCACCACGGUGCAGACGGCUGCCAACAACUCGGUGCAAGCCUCAUUGUUGGCCGAAAAUCGAAAUUUGAAUGCACUUCUGGAGGCGAUUCGCCAAAUUGAAGGAGCCAACUUGAACUCUCAGAUCCCGGUUCAACAGCGACUGGCGCCGAGCAAUGGGUUCAACGUGCCGGCCAACGUGCCCAGCUCACAGAAUGGGAAUACCGAUCUGUUGGUGCGAUGA